GGUAAAAAGGCCGAUUGAAGACUUCGCGACUUCGCGCGGGUUUGACGGGUUAUACGCAUGUCAUCGCGUUAUCGGCGCGAAGAUAUCCGCGAAGGACCGCCGUGUCACUGACACGGUGUCAGCGAAUCGCGAGCGGCGACAUCGGCGGGCGGUACAUCGCGAGGAACACCACGCGCGUAACGCGUAAUGUGGCAGUGAGGUUGGCUCGGGGUAUCGUCGCGCUGCGCAUCGGAUGUGAGUAAUAAACCGCGGUCCGCCGCGCUGCAGGACGAGAGGGACGACGGCUACCACGUUCGGGGAAGCCUGACGCGGCGUGCCGUGACGCGAGGUGAGAGUGCCGCAAGUGUAAUACACUCGAACGUCGCGCCGGGUAUCCGCUCCGCGACGAGCGAGCCUCGUUCAUUGUCUAUCGCAGCGUAGACGGAGAGAGGAAGUGCGAGAAGCAGAGGGGGAGCGAGAGAGACGGCGAAAGCGCGAACGGAGAAAGAGAGAGGGAGAGAGAAAGUGAGAGGAAGCGAGAAGGUAAGGUGCAAAGUUAGAUUCACUUAACCCAAAUCUGUCGGCGCGAUCGGGUGAGAAGGUGGCUUGCGACCCGGACUUUAUCGAUGCCGCGUGAGAACGGAUCGACCGUAAGCGCGCCGAUCGUCAGCGACGAUCGUGGGACUGUCGCGCGAGCAUUAUGACGGGUUCCCGCCCUGGCUGUGAUACGAAGGAUCCCCCGUGCCUCUUCCGAGUUGUCUUCUGGGUGCCGCGCGAAGGAACCGCGAGGGAUGCACGAGCGUAAACGUUCCGAGGGUGUCGGUGCGUAAGAGCGAGCGGGUGUGCGUCAGGAUCCAACCGCAGCGAGAUUCUACUCCGAGUCGACGGCCCCAACGGACCAGCCAUGAAGAAACAGUUCUUCCGAGUGAAGCAGCUCGCCGAUCAGACCUUCUCCAGGGCUGGUAAAACGGAGGUGUUAACAGACGACCUGGUGGCUGCCGACAAGCACGUCGAACAGAUCAGGGCAGCUCUUACGGGUCUCAAUAAGAGACUUGGAAAUCCACCGAACCAAACUAUCACGCAAGAUCAGGCUCUCAAGGAGAAACGUUUGAAAAAAUGCCCAGAGUACAUACUCGGGCAGACCAUGCUGGAGAACGCCGGCGAGGAUGGCCUCAUGAGUUUUGCGCUGGUGGAGUGCGGGCGCGUUCAAAUGUCGUUGGCCAACGAAGCUGUGGAGCAUGAGGCGAAGGUCGAGCAGUACGUGGCCGCCCCGCUGCAGCACAUUUUAGACACCGACGUGCCGAGUAUACUGAAGCAUAAGAGGAACCUGACGCGUCUGAUCUUGGACAUGGACAGCGCCAGGACGAGAUACUUCCAAGCGAUCAAGCACAGUACUGGCACAGGUGCAACAAAAAUAGAUAAUUUAAAAGAAGAACUGGAGGACGCCGAGACGAAGGUUGAACAGUGCAGGGAUCAGUUGGCUGCGGAGAUGUUCCAGCUCAUGUCGCGGGAGACCGAGCUAGCUCAGACGAUUAUUCAGUACAUAAAACUCCAGCGAGCUUAUCACGAAAGUGCAUUGCACUGCCUUAAGGACCUUAUACCUGGAUUGGAAAGCUAUAUCAACGACAACGAAAUGAAGCCCGUCUAUGGAUAUCCCCUUGAGGAGCACCUCAGGGUGACGAACAGAAAGAUCGCGUUGCCCAUACAACUGUGCGUAUCCGCGCUGCUGCGUUUGGGCAUAGAGGAGGAGGGUCUUUUUCGAAUAGCCGGCGCGGCGUCGAAGUCACGACGGAUCAAGCUGAGCUUGGAUGCCUGUUGUCUGACCUUAACGACGGCCCUGGAAUACAAAGAUCCGCAUGUCAUCGCCGGUGCAUUAAAGUCGUAUCUACGAGAGCUACCGGAACCUCUAUUAACAUACAAACUGUAUCCGGAAUGGAUGGCCGCUGCGAAGAUCACGCACAACGAGACGAGAUUACGGGCUCUCUGGGAAGUACUGCACAAGUUACCGCCAGCAAAUCUGGAGAAUUUGCGGUUCCUAAUUAAGUUUCUAGCCGUGCUCACGAAGAAUCAAGAUAUCAAUAAAAUGACGCCGCAGAAUAUCGCGAUCGUCAUCGCCCCGAAUCUGAUCUGGAGCCCGCCGGAAGAUGCGAACACGAUAGUGAUGAACAUGAGCACGGCGAACAACUCUAGUCUUAUAGUAGACCAAUUAAUUACGUUCGCGGAUUGGUUCUUCCCCGGCGAGGUGGACUUCGACCGUGACCUAGACAUCGGCAUCGUGAACGACGCGGAGAGUCAGUCAAUCGGUAUGCGUCGAUGCGUGUCCAACAGUAGCCUGAGCGACCACGGCGAGAGCCCGACGCAGGGCAGUCCGAAACCAGCGGCGCGCCGAAAGAACAAGCCAGCACCCACGCCACCGAGUGGCAAUACCCCGGACAGACACGAGAAGAGGGAUGACAGGCCACCUCCGACCCCGGACAAGCCACCGAGAGUCGUGACGUCCACCCUGAACCGAGCAACGUACAAGGCUCAGAAGCACGAGGUGACUACCGAGCUGAUACGACACGACAGCAACGUGGAGAGACACGACAGGCACUUGGAGGCGGACGCGAGGUCGCAGUCAGCCUCGGAGUUGAUCUCGAUGGAUCUCCAUUCCAUCGAUAAUUUCGAACGGUCGCAGGAGGCCGACACUCACCAAAGUGAAGUCUUAAACUCCGGAGGGACUCAGGAAUCACAGAAGUGCGACAUGAGAGCGAAUAUGACAAGCGCGAGGGAGAAGUCGAACGGCAGCACGGUCGACAAUAUUGCUAAAUCGAUGAUGGAGAGUGUCUUCGAGCACAGCGAAGCUGUAGUACAGAAGCCAAAGCCAGUGCCUACGGAAAAACCGUCUACGUUGGAGAGGAGAAGGCCGGUCGCUGCUCCCAGAAACUUAACGAAUAUCGCACACAACGCAGAAGAAGGAGUGGAAUUGCGAAAAAAGGCGGACGGUAAUGUCGCAAACAUGUACACGUCUCCAAACGAGAGGGGUGGCAAACCGGCGAUCCCCGAGCGACCGCCCGGCUUGGUCCGUCCGUCGAGUCUAAUCAGGCAGCAGCCUCGUCAAUCCGCCAACGACAAUGCGGAAACCGAUCCAGGGCCUUUAACGCUGGAGCGGGCUCACGUGUACUCUGUGGACAAACAGCAGGUCAGUAUAAUACAAGUGCGUGGGGGGAACAACGCCAUCCCGAGCGAGUGUGCUGGCAACACGGCAACUUCGAACUUGCAGAGAAGCCCAAGCGUCGGCAGCAGACCGUCGUCUAUGUCUUUGUAUGGCACGGAACGCCCGGAGAAGCCCGAGAAGCCGGAUAUGCCGCACGAGCAACAAGCGAAGGCGCACGCGCGCACCAGAUCGGAAGGCAACAUCGUCGACGUUCAAACGCAAACCAAUACGGUAGUGACGGUUCUCAAGUCACCGCAGCAGAAGCCAGCCUCGCCGAGGGUGCACCAGCGACCGCCGAGGCCACAACCGCCACCACCGCCGCCGCCCACCGCACGGCCUAAGUCCGACCACGAGAGCACUAAUCUCUAGCGGCGUUUGCCACGAAGCGCGAGACGACCUCGUGACUUUUAGGAGACGAGGAUUCGCCAGUGUCCCUACCGCGAAUACCGUUUCACACGUAUGACACGUACGCGUUACCAAUCGACGAAAGCAAUUGAGGAAGAGGAUGAAAACUGUAUAAAGAAUUCAUUGGGCAUCUCCGGAGGACGGAGGGACGCAUCGCGAUUCCAUCCACGGAGAAAUCAUCAGCGUUCAUUCGACGUCGUAGAAAACUCGAGGCAAGUGUUGUAGAUCGUAGAUUCGAUAAUAUUCACACGAAGUUAUUCUAUUUUUCCCGUGAUCUCCCUAUUUAUACGACCUCUUAUUGUAUUCCAACGAAUGAACCUCCGAUGGAGUGUUUCAACACGAUCCAUUGUACGAAAACGAGUGUAAAGGCUCCUAACAUGUAACAAACGUUUACGUAUUAGGAGUCUUGAACGUUUGAAAAAAACAUAUUUUGCAUCUGGCAGCUUCUAGCACGCCGCGUAUAUCGUUCCCAAAUCAUUUUUAGAUACGUAUCUAAUUUCGUAAUCGAUUCACGAUAUUUUUGCAACUUACUACCAAUUUUUAUACUAUUGCAAAUAAGGAGAGGAGAGCUCUCCAGGUAAUUACUCUAGAACGUAAGAAUGUGAAUCUAGAUUGGACUUUCCUUUGUAAGCAUGAAGCGCACAAAGCUCGGUGUGCUGAGUGCACGUUAAAGUGCGAUUGUAUAAUCGACUUGAAACGGUGAAAUGUUAAUUGACAGCAUUAGUGCUUGCGACAUACGAAUUUCCGAUACGUCCAUCGAGCGAGCAGGAGAAAAAGAAGUAAGAGAGGGGAUUAACGUUCGUUUAAGAACUGACAUAAUCAGUAUGUUGGAAUUGAUUUAACGGGUGAUAUUUAUUAGUGAAAGCCGUUUGUUAAUUAUUAGAGACUGUCGGUAGAAAAAAAUACCCGUGUCUCACAUUUCGACCAACUUGAUAUGUGUCUCUGAAUUACUGUUAAUUCUACCUAGAAAUGAGAAGGAUUUUUAACUCGAUUAAACGUUAAUUAAUUUUUACACGGAGUAUUUUAGUACAACAAACUCUUGAUUGAAUUGCCAAGUUGAGAUAAUCGCCAAAAGGUUGAGUUUGAUUGCAUCUUACUUAAAUAUAUAGUGAGAUUCUAUCUUGUUUUUGUUUUAGCCAUGUUGGUAUAUUUUUAAUUCUUAGUUAAUGAUUUAAUGGAAUAAUAUUCCAUAAUAUUCUUUGGAUUCUAAAUUUCUGGAGUUACUUUUGGACGAUUUCAGAUUAUUUAAAUGAAAUUUGUUUUAUCGUAUGCCCAAGAAAAUCUUGAGUUUGUGUACUUUAUUCUAUCGAGAAUGCUAGAUUUGUAAAAUUUAAUAAAGGUUUAAUAUGUAAUAAGAAAUUUUCUUUACGUACAUUAUAUAUGUAUAUAUAUACAUUCUUUUUCUCAAUAUAUAAUGUCAAGAUUUUCAUAUAUAAUUAAAUUAAUAAAUUUUGUUUUCGUUUUGAAAUGGAAUCUACAAAGAAUAGUAUGUAACAGUUACAUAAAUUAGAAGUAAAAAUGCAGUAUUAUUGAAUAUCCAUUUAAUUUAUGGAUCAAUAGAUCGAAAGAUAUAGAUAUAUUAUGUUAAUAACGAUUAUUGAAAUUUUAUAAGAUAGAGUUUAUACGUCGUGGAGUAAAUUUAUAUGAGAGAGAUAACUGGACCUCUAAAUUAUAAUCACAAAAGUCAGUUAUGUUUGUUUUCGUUUCCUAGAUUUUAAUUAUUGUCGAUGAUAGCAAACCUUGCAUUCUCUCCUCCGUGGUUAAUGUAUGUAAACUGCCUUGAAAUUGUUCUGUAAUUGGUAUUGAUACCAUCCGUUCGCGGAAUAUUAAUUAAGCGGCGAAUGAAUCAUGUGAAUCUAGCCAAUGACAAAUCACGCAUUUACCCAAGGUGUGCUUAGGCUGUGAAUGUAAUGGACUAUUAGAGGAGUUAUUUGUACAUAAAUAAAGAUUUACUCUAUUAU